AGUACUCGGUUGCUUACGUCUCACAGCAAUACAUUAAUUCAGCAAGCACUGAUCAGAAGCCUCAUCAAUCAAAAACCCUAAAAAAGAAACUGAAAUAUCAAGUUUGAGAUAAAUAAGAGGAUUUGAAAUUCCCUCGAAAAAACAAAAUGCCUCAGGUAAGAAUAAUUGCUAAGAAUUUCAUGGACAUGGUGGCGUCUCUUCCCGCCAUGAAGCUGGACAAGCUUUACGCUAAUCCCUUCAUUUGCCAAGCUAUUCUCAGGUCAUUGCCUCCUUUAGCGAAGAAAUAUGUGUUGGAAAUGUUGUAUAUAGAUGGUCCAGUAACAGCCAAGAUGCUGGGGGAGUGGGUGCUCGCUGAUGGAUCCUCUAAGCAUAAAGUCUCCAUUGAUCGCUUGAUUCAGUUGAGAAUUUUUACUGAAACUGUCGAUAGGAAAAAGGAAGCCAGUUACAGAUUAAAUCUAACAUUUCAGACUAAUCUUCAGAAGCAUUUAAUAGAUCGUGAAGUUUUGCCUAGGGAACCAAUGCCUCCAAAUAUUGUAAGACUCCCAAGCCCAGAGGAACUCGAGGCAUAUGCCCUUGGACAGUGGGAGUGUUUCUUGCUACAACUUAUAAACUCGGCCCAAGCAGAAAAGCUGACCAACUUUAGCUCUUCUAUGAUUAAAAUUUUCCAAAGGGGUCUUUUGAGUCAAAGGGAUAAAGAUGCUGCCCGAUUAACUGAGGGUGGUUUCCAAUUUUUGCUGAUGGAUACAAAUGCACAACUAUGGUACAUAAUCAGAGAAUAUAUCUCUAACUCUGAGGAGCGUGGUAUAGAUCCACCAGAUCUGAUUUCCUUUCUGCUAGAGCUUAGUUUUCAUACCCCUGGUGAGGCAUAUAAUAUGAAUACAUUGACUGAUAUUCAGAGGAAUACAAUAAAGGACCUUGCAGACCUGGGAUUAAUUAAACUUCAGCAGGGCAGGAAGGAGAGUUGGUUCAUACCUACUAAAUUAGCUACAAAUCUUUCAGUGAGCUUGACAGAUUCAUCAUCUCGGAAACAGGGAUUUGUUGUUGUGGAAACAAACUUUAGGAUGUAUGCUUAUUCGCAAUCAAAGCUGCAUUGUGAAAUUCUGCGUUUGUUUUCAAGAGUUGAGUAUCAGCUCCCAAACCUUAUUGUUGGAGCAAUAACAAAAGAAAGCUUGUAUAAUGCUUUUGAAAAUGGUAUCACAGCAGAACAGAUAAUUUCUUUUCUUCAGCAGAAUGCUCAUCCUCGUGUUGCAGAGAAAAUACCUACUGUUCCUGAAAAUGUGACAGAUCAGAUAAGACUCUGGGAAUCAGAUUUGAACAGGGUUGAGAUGACCCCUGCACAUUUCUAUGAUGAAUUCCCCUCAAGAGAUGUAUUUGAGGCUGCUUGUGACUUUGCACGAGAAUGGAGUGGUUUACUGUGGGAGGAUUCGAAGAAAAUGCGCAUGGCAGUCAAGGCAGAACUUCACAUGAACAUGCGAGAAUUUCUUCGAGGACAAAAAUAAUAGGCCUCUGUGAAUAUUAAACCGAUAAGAGGACAUCAAGUUGUAUAAUUUAUUCCAGAAGAUCACCCACAACCACAAAAUGAGAAAAUGUAAUACUCGGAAGAAAUUUAGGAAUCAAUCUUCCUGUCACAUUGCGAUAGAUAUUCAAAAUUUUUAAUUAUUUUUUCCAAUAAGAAUCACUCUAUAAACUUUUACUACA